CGUCGUCUUGCUUCAACCUUGUAACCUCUACCCCUGCACCCACUGCACAGACCUUGACGUCGCCCACACCCCCCUCCUUCCCCUUCCCCGCUAGCCAGCCAAACGAAAGCUCUCACUCGCGCGCAUCUCUGAUUCUUCAAGCACCAUGUCAGACAGCACCUUUGACGCGCUCCUCGACCUGCUACGGCGGCUCCCGCCCACGCGCAUCGAGUCGAAUGUCGACGCCCUGAUCGACCUGGCGCCAGAGUACACCGACGACCUGCUCGCCAACGUCGACCAGCCGCUGCACGUGCUCCACGACGACGCCGCCGGCCGCGACUUUCUCGGAUGCGACUACAACCGCGAGGGCGACAGCUUCCGCUCGCCAUGGACAGACACGUACCUUCCCCCCUCGGCAACGCAGGGCCCGCAGCCCUCGGCCCGCCUCCGCCAGCUCGAGAUCCAGCUCAACGCGGCGUUCGACACGUACCGCGACCUGUACUUUGAGGGCGGUGUGAGCUCGGUCUACCUGUGGGACCUCGACGAUGAGCCGGCGACCAAGGACAUGAACUUUGCGGGUGUGGUGUUGGUCAAGAAGGAAAUCCCCCGCGACGACGGCACGUCGUCUGGCUCAUGGGACUCUCUCCACGUCUUUGAAUGCACCGAGCGGUCGCGGACGGCAAAGUACAAGCUCACGUCGACGGUCAUGCUGGUCCUCGGCACCGAGACGGUCACGACUCCGGACGCAAAGGGCCUCGAGAAUGUGACGGGCAAGGGCAACGUGACGCUGAGCGGCAGCAUGACGCGUCAGGCCGAGCAAGACGCGCCGCUACCAAAUGCCGGCGCGCACAUCCCCAACAUUGGCCGCCUGGUCGAGGACACGGAAAUCAAGAUGCGCAACCUCCUCUCGUCGGUCUACUUCGGCAAGACCAAGGACGUGAUCAACGAGCUGCGCUCACAGGCUGGCCUGGACGCAAAGUCGCACGAGGACCAGCUGCGUGCCGAGCUGGCCGGCCGGCUGGCGCUAAGGGGCGGCGGAGCGCAGUAGGCUGACGAGACGAUGC